ACCGCGCGGCGGCAUCAACGUGGCACAACUCCGCCAUUCAUUAUUCUCUUGCAUCAACCUGUGGAUUAACCGAAAUCCCAACAAGAGAAGAGACGGACAAGUAAUAAAAAGAAAGUAGACAACAAUGGCGGCCCAGCUCAUCAUGCCUUCUGUACCGGGUGCUCAGCAGCAGUCCCGGCACUUUCUGCCAAACAGCAGACGCCCUCAUGGCCACAACCGCUCGCAGUCCUUCCAGCUGCCUCCAGGACCUCAGCUGUCGCCAAACAGCUCAAACGGCUUCCAUGAGCAGCAUCCCGUUUCGACACCGCCGUCGCCCAAGGCUCAUCACGCCACCAAUGUACGGCCCGUUUACAUGCCGGCUGCCUUGCGACCAAACGACGAGUUCCCACAACGACCCUUGACCAAGUCAAGAUCUGGCGACUCGAGCUCCGACUCUGGGUCUGACGUGACGCUGCGCCGCUCCAACACUGGCUUCAUGAGCCUCAGUGGCAUCGUCGGCCAGCGCAUGGGCCGUCGCGCCAGCGAGAGCGGCAAGAGCAGCAUCGAUGGCGAGUGGAAUCUCGACCUCUUCCCCGACGUCACGGAGCCACCUACGCGCAAGCACUGGAAGCCCGACACCGAAUCCACCAUCUGCGACGACCCGACGUGCAAACGCAAUUUCAGCUACUUUGUCCGGCGGCACCACUGCCGCAAAUGUGGCAACAUCUUUUGCGACUGGCACUCUAGCUAUGCGCUUCCGCUCGACCAGAACGCAAACUUCAACCCGCGCGCUGUCCCGUCACGCACGUGCAACCACUGCUUCGAGCAGUUCAAGACAUGGCACAGCCGCGAAAGCAGCCUAGUGUCCAGCCCAGCAUCCUCGGAUGCCCAUCGCACGGUCCCUUCCACACCCAUCGCUGCUCAGCCAGCGACGCCGUUUGGCUUGCCCCAGGGCCCCGAGAUUCCGGCCAGCGUCCCGCGAGACUGGAACUGGAGCACUUUUUAAGAGAGACCUGGCGGCUGAGCCGCAAUAUCAACCUACACGGCCGAUAUGACUCCUUUUUGGUGGGCAAGAUCCAUCAGGGAGCAGGCCGGUUUUCCUACUACCUACUACACUCGUGUCGCCGCUGCGGCGGCAUCUUCG